AUGAGUGCCAACGAACACCCAGCCGUGACUCGAUUUAGAGAGUAUUUGAGAAUUAAAACGGUCCAACCAAAUCCGGACUACGAGACAUGUAGUAAAUUUUUGUUAAGACAAGCCGAAGAGAUUGGAAUAUCGGCAAAGGUUAUUCGGUACGUCCCGGAAAAACCAGUAGUCCUUAUGACUUGGGAGGGACGUGAUCCGAAUUUAAGUACACUGUUAUUGAAUUCUCAUACGGACGUCGUCCCUGUAUUCGAGGAUCAAUGGAAUAGUGACCCUUUUGGUGCAGUAAAAUUGGAGAAUGGUGACAUAGUCGCUAGAGGUGCUCAGGAUAUGAAAUGUGUUGGUACCAGCUACCUCGAAGCAAUAAGAAAUUUGAAAGCGCAAGGAAAGCAACCCUUACGAACUAUUCACCUUUCCUAUGUCCCCGAUGAAGAAAUUGGUGGAGCUGGCAUGGAACAUUUUAUUAAUUCGGAAGAUUUUACCAAGUUUAAUAUUGGAUUUGCGCUGGAUGAAGGCAUCGCCAAUCCUAAGAACGCCCUAAAGGUCUUUUACGGUGAGCGAGCUCCGUGGUGGGUCAAUGUAAUCGCCAGAGGUAAUGUUGGACAUGGAUCAAUGCUUAUUAAGGAUACUGCGAUGUCGAAACUGCAUCGUAUUAUCAACAGGUUCAUGGAUUUCCGAGCAGCUCAGGAGAGACAACUGGAAAUUGGUGUUCACCACAAUGGCAAACCAUACGCUCUUGGCGAUGUUACUAGCGUAAAUCUCACAAAGCUCCAGGCCGGAGUACAGCAUAAUGUUAUACCUGAAGAAGCUAUUGCUGGAUUUGACGUUCGCAUCUCGCCAAGUGUAGAUCUGAACAGGUUUAAACAAAUGAUGGAAGGAUUCAUACUUUGCGAAUCAGAUACGCGUAUAGAGUAUGUUCAGUAUUUUGACAGUAACGAUACGACGAAGAUUGACGAUAGCAACUUGUGGUGGGUGGCAUUCAGAGAUUAUUGUAAGGAGCGUGACGUAGAAAUCGAACCAGAAAUAUUUCCAGCAGCAACAGAUUCCCGGCAGAUUCGUGCAAAAGGCAUUCCGGCAUUUGGCGUCUCAUAUCUUAAAAAUACACCGGUACUGCUUCACGAUCAUAAUGAAUAUUUAAAUGAAAAGGUUUAUCUAGAAGGAAUAGAUUUCUAUACUGGACUCAUUGACCGCUUAGCAAACUUAGAGUCCAUGUAA